CCUCCCAGCUAUCAGACAGAGCCGCGCGGGAGGAAGAGAGGAGGGAGUCAGAGUGGGAACUCUGACUCCCAUCAGGCUGAGCCACCACUGGACUCCAUGGAAGUCACCCUCCUGCACCUAAAAGGUAUUCUACUGGGAAAAAUGAAGACUGCUGUGCUAAUUGUGUGUAUUAUUGGCCUGGCCUAUGCAUAUCCAUCAAAACGGGAAAUUAAUAUUUUGGACAACUCGAGCCAUUCAUCACAUCAGGAUUCAUCAUCAAGUGAAAGCAACACUAAAUCUGACUCUUCACAUUCUUCAUCAGAAGAAGUUACCACUGCUCCAAAUGAUGCCGUCACUGAAGGAGAAAGGGGAGAUAAUUUACUGUCCCUUAGAAAACGUGAUUUGGCAGGAAACGCUGGACAGGAUUCAUCCUCAAGUGAAAGCACCUCUGAAUCCACAUCAGAUCCAGACUCUUCACAUUCUUCAUCCGAAGAGGUUACCACUGUUCCAAAUGAAGCUGUUACUGUAGAAGGGGGAGAAAAUGUAUUGAACCUUAAGAAACGUGAUUUGACAGGAAAUGCUGGACAGGAUUCAUCUUCAAGUGAAAGCAACUCUGAAUCUACAUCAGAUCCAGACUCUUCACAUUCUUCAUCCGAAGAGGUUACCACUGCACCAAAUGAAGCCGUUACUGUAGAAGGGGGAGAAAAUGUAUUGAACCUUAAGAAACGUGAUUUGACAGGAAAUGCUGGACAGGAUUCAUCCUCAAGUGAAAGCUACUCUGAAUCUACAUCAGAUCCCGACUCUUCACAUUCUUCAUCCGAAGAGGUUACCACUGCGCCCAGCGAUGCACCUAAUGAGUCAACUGCUUACACUAAUGGAGGAAGAGGGGACAAUUAUUUGAGCCUUGUAAAACGCGAUUUGUCAGGAAAUGGAAAUGCUGGACAGGAUUCUGAAUCAAAUGAAAGCAAUACUAACUCUGAGCCAGAUUCAUCAUCAGAGGAAGUUUCUCCUGCACCCAGUGAAGCUCCUAAUGAUGUACCAGCAGAUGAGUCCACUUUGCUGAUUCUACGGAAACGCGACUUAGGAAAUAAUGGGCAGAAAUCAUCUGGCAGCACCUCUGAAGAUCAGAGUGCCACCACAGAAAGCACAAGCAGCCAGUCCCAGUCACCUGAGAGCUCAGAAGAAGACAGCCAUGAGAGCAGUUCUAACCAACCCCUUCUGCAAGCCAUCCAACAAGCCACAGAAACACCAAACACAUCAGAAGAAAGCUCAGAAGAGAGAACACAAAGCACACCCACUGUUUAAAAUUACAGCCUCUCUGCAUUUCCACAUUAAUCUCUGCUGUCCUCAUCUCUUCUACUAGUGUGAAUGUAUACUGUUCAAUAAUACAUUUAGGGAAUAUGGUCCAUAGGACUCUGCAGAUGUGAACAGAUGUGACAUUAGAGCACAUGCAUUUGUUAGCAGAUCAAAAGGUUCUUCUCUUCUUGCCUGUGUUAACUGCUGGAUUAACUUUGGUUCACAGGAAUCCCCGCUACUCUAGACUGCAUAAGCAGUGCAUACAUGUAUCAUGUUUAAAGUGGACUUCUUUUAAAGAAUUUUCCAUUUUCCCUUUCCAAAGAUGUUCAACAAUUUCCACUUUAGUAUUAGUUAUUUGUAUGACAGGGACAACAGAGAGUUGUCAGGAAUUCAAAGUGAAUUUCAAAUGUAAGGCCAAAAUAGCUGAACUGGGAAAAAAAAAAUCUCCAAGUCAGCUAUAUGCUUUCAAUUCAGCUACUUUGUCCUUAAAUUUGAAACUCACUUUGAAUUUCUGACAAUUCUCACCUUAGUAAAUAACCCUGUCAGUUUCUAUCAACAGAUUAGAACAUGUGACGUGUCAAUAAAAACCAGCCACAUCUAUAAUAACUGAGUAUUUACAAUAGUUUGUUUGCCCGAUACAAAAAAUAAUUGCAUGUACUAUGGCUGAAGGCACCUAUUUGGAUCCUGCGCAGGUCAUGAUACCUUUCGUGAACCAUCCAAUUUUUGAAAUAUUAUUAAUCCAUUCAAUAAACAGAGAUUUGUAGAUUAACAAACAGCAUGCACCAUUAAGGUAUCUCUUGAACUGUAGCAUUUUAAAAUCUGAUUGGCAAAAUUCGGCAAAACUAGCCAAGCUGGGACUAUAGCUGAGUUGGCGUUUUU